AAAGACCCCUAGCCCCUACCGUUCCUCACUCGCGCCGCCUCCCACACGCGCACUCGUGGCUCGUGCAGGCAAGUCCCCGCCGCCGCUCAGCGCCGAGAGGAGCAGCGCCGUCGCUCAGCGGCCGCCGGCGACGAGCCUCCGCGGAAGCCAGCGGCCCUAGCGGCGAGGCGGCGAGUUCUUCUUCCUUCUCAACCGACGGGACAGUGCGUGGAUCAGCGCCGAAAGAAACAAUGGCUCCCCUCGCCUGAGCGCGCUCGCGCCCGCCCCUUGCUGGCCAUGGCGCUCCAGCUCCGCCGCCUCCUGCCUGUCCAGCGACACCGCGCCGUCACCCACGCGCUAUCGCUGCCGCCGCCGCCGCCGCUCGCAAUGCUUCAAUUCGAGGUGUUUCAGAGAUAUUCUUCCGCACCCUGGCCGUUUUCACCUCUCCGCCAUUGUGAAAUGUGUGGGGUUCCAUUCAGGAGCAAUUCAACAAGGAAAAUAUCUUCAAGAAAUUUUUUUGGGGUUGCCUUACAGCCCAAAAGUAGUGCCUUUUUUACUCCUGGGCUCUUUGGCAACUGUAGUUCUGUAUGUUUCAGAGGCACAGACAGCUGUGGAAUUGCUUUAAAGGCUAAUAAUAUGGGUAAUCCACGACCAUUCUCAACUACAUGCAGUAAAAAACUAAGAUUUCUUAUUAAAAAUACGACUUCAUUCAGUACUCUAAAUAUGAGAAGGGAAGACGGAAGUGUUGCACAUAGUUUGUUUCAUAGAUCUGAGAAACGGCAAAGCACAUUAGCUAUGUGUAGCACCACUGCUGACGAGGCUUCAACUUCUACUAGUAACAGCAGCAAGAGUGUUACUGAUACUAAGACUGACACUGCCAAGAGGAAGAGUUCAAGAGGAAGCAAAAAGGAAGUUGAUGGAAAUAUGAAAGAAAAGGAAGUACAUACCAAGAAAAAGAGGAUAUCUGCUAGAACUCGUAAAGCUGCAACAAAGACGACUGAGAGUACUAGUGCGAACCAAGAAAACAAGAAGACUGAUAAUUGUAAAUUGAAAAAGGGUGCUGAUAGUUCUAAAGAAAAAAAAGUGAAUAAUAGGUCAAAGUCAAAAGCAAAGGUUUCUGCUGCUUCUUCUGUACCUUCUGAAGCUGAGAUUUGUAUGAAAUCCUCUAUUGAUGGUUCUGGUAUUGAUAAAAAGCCACUGGUACCACUGUAUCCUCCCAGAGCCAAAUCAGUCGUGGUUGUGGAAUCAGCCACGAAAGCAAAAGUCAUUCAGAAUUACCUUGGGGACAUGUAUGAAGUGUUACCAAGCUAUGGUCAUGUGAGAGAUUUAGCAGGUAGAUCAAAAUCUGUCCGCCCUGAUGAUGACUUCAGCAUGGUCUGGGAGGUGCCCGCUGCUGCCUGGACACACCUUAAGAGCAUUAAAGUUGCACUGAAAGGAGCAGAAAAUUUAAUUCUUGCAUCUGAUCCUGAUCGUGAAGGUGAAGCGAUUGCUUGGCACAUUAAAGAAAUGCUUGAACAACAAGGUGCAUUGGGCUGUGAUGUGACUGUUGCAAGAGUUGCUUUCCAUGAAAUAACUGAGGAUGCAAUAAAAAAAGCUUUAAUGUCCCCGAGGUAUAUUGACAUGGACUUAGUCAAUGCUUAUCUUGCACGCCGUUCCCUUGAUUAUCUAAUUGGGUUUGGCAUAUCACCACUUCUGUGGAGGAAGUUGCCUGGUUGCCAAUCAGCUGGACGGGUCCAAUCUGCUGCUUUGGCCCUUGUCUGCGACCGCGAAGCUGAAAUAGAACAGUUUAAGCCACAGGAGUACUGGACAGUACAGACAUACUUCAAAAUGCAUUUUGCAGAUCCUCCAAAUGGCACAUAUAUUCCAUUCCGUAUAAAGCAUUUGAAUUCAAAAAAGCUGGAUCAACUUUCCAUACGCUCUCAAGAAGAAGCGCAAGCUAUAGAAAAGAGGAUUCAUUCUUCUAAGUUUGAAGUUUUAGGUGUUAAAAGAAGUAAAAUUCACAAGAAUCCUCCAAUGCCAUAUAUUACAUCCAGCCUUCAGCAGGAUGCAGCAAACAAACUUCAUUUUACUGCAGGGUAUACCAUGAAGAUUGCCCAAAAGCUUUAUGAGGGUAUCAACCUUUCCUCAGAAGAAACAACUGGUUUAAUAACAUACAUAAGAACUGAUGGGUUCCAUGUUUCUGAUGGAGCUGCAGAAGACAUCCGUUCAUUAGUCAAAGAAAGAUAUGGUCAGAAGUACGUUUCAGAGGACACUAGGAAGUAUUUGAAGAAGGUGAAAAAUGCUCAAGAAGCCCAUGAAGCCAUUAGGCCCACCAGUAUAAGGAGGUUGCCAUCAUCUUUGGUUGGAAUACUUGACGAUGAUUCUCUGAAACUCUACACUCUAAUAUGGAAAAGGACAAUGGCUUGUCAAAUGGAAGCUUCCAGAACUGAGAUGAUUCAAGUGGAUAUUGGCACUCCUGAAGGAGAGAUGAUUUUUCAUUCCGUUGCAUCAAAACUGGACUUCAAGGGAUAUCAAGCUGUCUAUGAGGACACUGAGGCCAUUCCAUGCAGUGACAACUCUGAGAGAGAUUCUGUGGAUGAGGAUAACUUUGAGGCCUUGUCGAAAUUAAUGGUUAAGGACUUGGUGUUUCCUGUUAACGUCCAUCUUGGACAGCACUUUACUAAGCCACCAUCACGUUAUUCUGAAGGUGCAUUGAUUAAAAAGCUAGAAGAACUUGGAAUCGGAAGGCCAUCUACUUAUGCAUCUAUAAUGAAAGUGUUACAGGAUCGGAAGUACGUGACAGCAAAAAGUCGAGUUCUACACCCUGAGUUCCGUGGUCGAAUGGUCUCGGCAUUCCUUUUGCACCAUUUCUCUGAGGUUGCUGAUUACAGCUUUACAGCUAACAUGGAGACAGAGCUAGAUAAUGUCUCUGCUGGGUCAACUGAAUGGAAGGGUCUUCUGAAAGACUACUGGGAGCGAUUCAACAAAUAUUGUGCUGAUGCGAGUAAACUGGAUGGCAGAAAGGUAGAGAGAAUGCUUGAAGAAAAAUUUGGUCCUAUCCUCUUUCCUGACGUUGACAAGGAUAGUAGAAUUUGCCCUAGUUGUUCUGAAGGAACCUUGAGAUUCAAAGUUAGUAGGUAUGGUGAAGGUUAUUUUAUAGGCUGUGAUCGACAUCCAAAAUGCAAGUACAUUGCCCGCUCAUUGUCACAGCAAGAAGAUGAAACUGAACCCACCGAAGAAAGUCCAAAAUCUUUUACACCCAGGUUACUUGGCGUCAUGCCUGAUUCUGAUCAAAAGGUGUUUUUGAAACAAGGCCCAUAUGGCUACUAUGUUCAGAUUGGAGAGGACAAAAAGGGACUGUUUCCGAAAAGGGCUUCCCUUUCCGAGGUCAAAGAUAUAGACUCUGUUACUCUAGAAGAUGCAAUUGAGCUUUUGCAAUAUCCCAAAAUUCUGGGAAAACAUCCUGAAGAUGAUCAUCCUGUACUUAUAACACAUUCUAAAGUUGGAUACAACAUCAAGCAUAGGAGAUCCCUUGCUCUAGUGCCAAAGAGUACGGACCCAAAGAAGAUGACACUUGAGCGUGCGCUCAAGCUUCUGAGUGGUAAAAGUGUCAGACGGAUUGGUCGACCAAAGGGGAAGGUUGAAAAGAAGGAACCCAUUGAAUGGCAUUAGCUGAGCCUGCACUCGUUACAAAAUCCUCAACAUAUGUGCUUGAUAGUCAGUCAGAGCCUUUUAUCCAUGCAAGAAAUUCAGAGAAGUCAAUAUUCAUAAUAUUCAUAGCAUGCAGAGUUUAGCCUUUGGUGUGCUUAACUGCUUAUGAUGAGAGCGGAGAAGGGCUCCAAAAGAAACUGGUCAACAAGAACAAGAACUGUUCCUCGCAACCUGAUAACUUAUAUUUGGUAACUAAUGGUUGGCUUCUCAAACAUUGGCCAAGUGAAUACACAGCCAAACAGAUUCGGGUCACAUCUUUGAUUUCAUACUUUUCCUUAGUCCCAUCAUCUGAAGCUGUAUAGAACGCACGGACAUAAAAUACCAGAUUAUACACCCAUAGGUUUUCAGUAAAUUUCAGUUUAACUUAGCUUAACAAAGAUGAGAAGGUGGUUUGAUCAACUAUUUUACACAAUCGCAUUCCAUGUUGUUCUCGAGUUUUUUUAAAAGUACUAUUCUUGUUCAAUUUGAAGGAUUGUUACUACUAUGAUAGAAGACAUGGGUUGGAUACUUCCACCUUUUCUACUAGAGAUAAUUGCAUCUUUUACCACGGGAAACCCAUAGUGGUGGCCGUCGUGUAGAUUGUGUCUAAGAAUUGUAUAUGCUACUUUGCAACUGAAAUUGCUUCUGUUUUGAACUC